AUGGCCAGAUUAGAUGUCACAGAGGUGUUUCAUGGUAUUUCUUUUCCUGGACACUUGCACACCCAGGAUUCUUUGCAGCUUGCUCUCAAAUUCCCAUUUCAGGACACGGACAUCCUCAUUGUCUCCUAUCCAAAGUCAGGCACCACAUGGAUGCAGGAAAUAGUGACUCUAAUAUCAAGCAGAGGGGACCCACAGUUUUCAAAAACUGUUCCAAACUGGACUCGGGCUCCCUGGCUGGAGCAGCAUUAUUGUGCUGCGGUACUAGAGGCCUCAUCUGCCACACCUCGAGUCAUCACCACACACCUGCCUUAUCACCUGCUGGGCCAUGCCCUCCAGGGCUCCAAAGCCAAGGUCAUUUAUGUAAGCAGAAACCCAAAAGAUGUGGCGUCGUCUUUUUAUCAUUUCCAUAAAAUUGCCAACUUCCUCCCAGAGGCUGAUUCAUUUCAGGAGUUUUUAAAUCGAUUCCUGGAAGGCAAAUUGCUCUUUGGCUCCUGGUUUGACCAUGUUAAAGGCUGGACAAGUCAGUUAGCAACUGUGAGCAAUCUGCUCCACAUCACUUAUGAAGAGAUGUCAUUGGAUCUCCAAGGUGCCAUAAAGAAAGUAAGCUCUUUCCUCCAGUGCUCCCUGGUGGAGGAUGAGCUGAACAACUGUGUGAAACACUGUAGCUUCAACAGCAUGAAAGACAACAACAUGGUCAACUACACCCUCAUUGAUAAAGAAAUAAUAGAUCAUAGCAAGGGUGCCUUCAUGAGGAGAGGUAAGAUUGGUGACUGGACAAACCUUUUCACGGAGGAGCAGAAUCAAUAUUUUGAAAGUGUCUUCAACUCAGAAAUGCAGGGAUGCACUUUAGAGUUUGUGUGGGAAGAGUGAGAUAAA